UUAUCAAAAAUUCUUAUGCCUGUUUUAAUAAUAGAAACAAAUGUUAAGGCUUGAAGAUAAUGUACGAGGGGUUAUGUUGGCAUGUCUUUAGAGAAUAACAGUUAAAAGCGCUGCUAUUAAGUGUAAGGCAGCUGAAGAGGGAGCGGGUAAAACAGAAGAAUGAGCAAUAGUAGAAUUAUAUUUCGGUCUGUGUUACGAAGCUCUCGAAGGCCUUCCUUGGGCUUCGCCGCUUCAUCCUUGUCUUCUGCAAGGUUCUCUCCUUUACCUCUUCCCACUGCCCUUAACCCUCCUCCUCCUUUUGAACUAAAAUCCAUUUCCUCUUUCACUUCUUCCUUCACUCGCCGUCUAUUCCACAACACAGCCUCCGUUCACAACAAAAACGAGAACCACCAACAGGAAGAAGAAGAACUGCGUUUCUAUGGAACUGCUGAAGAUGAUGGAGAAUUCACGGAUGAGUGGGAAGAAGAGGAUGAAACCGUCGAGCCCAAGGUUGGUGAUGGAGGGGAUGGUGGUGGAAUUGUAUUGCAAGGUGUUCCUUGGGGUGAAUCUGCUCUCUCUAUAGCCCAUGAUGCACUAAAACUGUUUAGCGAUGACAUUAAACUUUAUGCUUUCAAGACUACACCUCGUGGAUACAUUUAUGUCAGACUUGACAAAUUGUCAGAUGAAUAUGGUUGUCCCAGCAUGGAGGAACUGCAGAGUUAUACUCAAGAAUAUAAGAAAAGAUUGGAUGAAGCUGGAGAACGAAGAGAAAUACCAGAUGAUUUGGCUCUUCAGGUAUCAUCUCCUGGUGCAGAGAGAAUACUAAAGGUACCAGAUGAUUUAGAUCGGUUCAAAGAUAUGGCUAUGAGAGUUUGUUAUAUUGAAGACGCUGGGUCUAAUUAUACUGAAAAGAGUGGAGUCUUCUUACUAGAUUCGGUCGAGGAAGAGAACUGUGUAUGGAAGUUGGCAGAGGUGAAGGAGAACAGGGACCCCAACAGCAAGGGUAGACCAUUUAGUCGUAAACAAAAGGAUUGGAGAUUAAAACUGCCUUUUGACAAGCAUAAGAUGAUAAUGCUGUACCUCGAAUACUAAACAAACAACAGACGACAACUUUGAAGGUAUGAAGACUUCCUUGGCAGUCUUCUUAGUAAGGUUUCUAUAUGUAAAACAACAGUUUUGGUAAUUUCAGUAUCUUCCACAUAGAACCUUUGCAAGCUUAUAUCGUAUCUUACCGGUAACUAUCAGCAAUUACAUUGGAUCACUUUCUUUGUUCCCAAUUUUAAAGUAGUCUCUUGGAGUAGCUGAUAGGCUUGUUUUCUUUUGAAGAUUAUCAUUGAACCGAGAUUUAUUGUUUUGGAGCAAUUAUCAUGAACCUUAAAUGUUCUAAGCCUCAUUACAUUUGUAAGAUUUACAUGUUACUGGUUUACUUAAUCACUUCUUCAAGCAGAGAAAAGAAACCUGUUGCAGUCUUAUAGAGGAGGUUAAAAACCGCCAAGAUCGAUAAACAUACUCCGGGUAUGCAGUAUAUUGUUCCGAUUUUCCUUUUUCUUUGAGUAUCUAUGCCUGUGACCACGUUUGACGUAUGUUUAGACACAGAUACAGAGAUACACAGGGGUAUGAUUCUUUAAAGAUGUCUUAGCACAUGAAAGACUUCGAAAAAAAACUUUAUACUUCUGCCGGACAUAGAUUUUGUAUUCGACGUUGGUAUUCGAGUCCGAUUCUGAGUAGCACCAUGUGGAUAUGAUGAAUAAUGAAAAGAUUACAAUCUUAACUAAAGAAGCAUGUUAGUUGAGAGGAGAAUACAUCAAUCUUUUGGGCAGGCUCCUAAUCGACCAUCAAGAUAGAUAAGUGGACCACACACUUUGCGAGGGGAUUGUCCUUUCUUUUUUUCUCCUCUCAUGUGAUUCAGACAUUUUAUGCAUUAAUUGACAAAUGCAAAGAUUAGGUUUAUUUGAAUGCAAAUAACUUUGGUUACGUCAUCAUAAA